UUAGUGUAACACCGACAACAUCCACCGCGUACAGAAAUGCGCAGGAAACGCUGUUAAAUAUAUAUAAGUGUCGGUGUGUAUUUAGUUAAUGUUAAUAAUCUGCGAUUGAAAACAAAUAUCAGAAAUGGCUACGGGAAGGAAAGGAAGUGUGAUCUUUUCGGGAUUCCGAGCCUUGGGACUUUACUCCAAUCAUUUGCCACACGUGGUUCGCUUCCAUAAGAAACACCGUGAGUUCUACGUGGUCACUGCAGUUGGACAGUGUUUUCACACCUAUAAUGUCAAGAAACUUGGAAUUGUUGCAGUCAGCAAUUCCCUCCCAGAAGAUAUUUCGUGCAUGGCAGCAGAUCGAAUGCUUGUCUAUGCUGCACAUGGAAAAGCUAUUUCUGCUUUUGCAAAAAACAAAGAGGUUGUUCACACAUACAUAGGCCAUGAUGGUGAUGUACAUCUUUUGUUGCCUUUUGGAGAUCAUCUCAUUUCUGUUGACAAGGAGAAUGUUGUCAUCAUUUGGGAUGUUGAGUCUGAAGACACAUACUUGCAGAUUUCGUUUGAGAAAGUGUCUUUUGAGGUGUCUGCUGUGAUGCACCCGAGCACCUACCUGAACAAAGUUUUGUUUGGAAGCAGUCAAGGGAGUCUUCAGUUGUGGAAUGUUAAAUCAAACAAACUCCUGUAUACAUUUCCUGGAUGGGCAUCAGCUGUUACUGCUCUACAACAGACUCCAGCUGUGGAUGUUGUGGGUGUGGGUUUAGCAUCUGGCCAGAUCAUCAUUCACAAUAUCAGAAUUGAUGAAACUCUGAUGAAGUUUCAACAAGACUGGGGUCCAGUUACAGCCUUAUCCUUCAGGACAGACGGGCAUCCAAUAAUGGCAUCUGGUAGUCCAGUCGGACACAUCGGACUGUGGGAUUUGGAAGAGAAGAAACUAGUCAGUCAGAUGAGAGACGCUCACACAACUGCAAUCGCUGGUCUCACGUUCCUUCACAGCGAACCACUUUUGAUUACCAACGGAGCGGACAAUGCCAUACGGGUGUGGAUUUUUGAUGUUACUGGAGGUGACGGUCGUCUGCUAAGACAUCGGAUGGGCCACAGCGCUCCACCAACAAAAAUUCGGCACCACGACCAGAGUGGCUUGCAUAUUCUUAGCGCUGGUCAAGAUGGUACCUUGCAGUCAUUUUCAACUGUUCAUGAAAGGUUCAACAAGAGUUUGGGGCAUGGCAGCCUAAACAAAAAGAAAGCAAAAAAAAAGGGUGUGGCGCAUGACACUGCAAAGCUUCCAACCAUCACUACUUUUGCCUCUGAAACCGCUCGUCAGAGUGACUGGGAUGGCAUUAUUGCAUGCCACCGUGGUUUCCUUAUGUGCACGACAUGGAACUAUCAAAAGGGUUCGAUUGGUGCUCACAGAUUGGAGCCAGAACGUUUCGAAAAGAACCGGGCCCUUAGUGUGCAUGCAAUAGCUAUAGAUAUCACCUCCUGCGGGAACUUUGCAGUGAUCGCCCUGUCCUCUGGACACAUUGAUGUGUUUAACAUGCAGUCAGGUCUACAUAGGGGACAUUACGGAGAAGACAAGGCGCAUGCAGGGCCAGUGCGAGGGGUCGCUGUGGACGGUCUUAACCAGCUGACUGUCAGCGUGGGUGCGGACCACCUUGUGAAAAUCUGGAAGUUUAAAUCCAAGGAGCUCUUACAUUCACACAGCUUGCCAGCUGCUCCUGCAUGCUCUCUUCUUCAUAGAGACAGUGGAAUGCUUGCCAUCGCUCUGGAUGAUUUCACUGUGAACAUACUGGACUUGGAAACAAGGAGGAUAGUCCGCAGGUUCUCUGGACAUCGUGGACAGAUCAAUGACAUGACAUUUAGCCCAGAUGGACGAUGGCUGAUUACAGCAUCUAUGGACUGCACCAUCAGAACAUGGGAUCUUCCAUCUGGCAGUUUGGUCGACUGUUUCCUGGUAGAUGCAGCGGCAGUCAGUCUCAGUAUGUCCCCUACUGGGAACUUCCUGGCCUCGUCACAUGUCGACGGUCUUGGUGUGUACUUAUGGUCCAAUAAAACACUUUGUGGUAUGGUGUCAUUGCGCCCUCUACCUGCAGACUAUGAACCAACUGUGAUCAUGCUGCCAGGGACCUGCCCAAGCAAAGAUACAGAUGAAGAGGAUAUUUUGGACAUUGACAGCUCUGAGAUGGCUGAAUAUGUGUCACCAGCACAGCUGGAUGAACAUCUUAUCACACUCUCUCUCCUCCCGGAUUCACGCUGGAAGAACCUUCUGCAUUUGGAUGUCAUCAAGAAAAGGAACAAACCCAAAGAACCUCCAAAACUGCCCAAAGCUGCACCCUUUUUCAUUCCCACAAUUCCAGGGCUUGUGCCCCAGUUUGCUGUCCCUGACAAAACCACAGAGGAACAAUCUAAAGUUGUCAACUUAGGAGUGUUGUCACAGAAGUCCACCUUCUACGUUCAGCUUGAGAAUGCGUUAGACAACAACUCGUAUGAGGAGCCAGUGAAGCUGUUGAAGGAGUUGGGCCCCUCUGCCAUCGAAACAGAGUUAAGGGGCUUGUCUCCAGAAAUGGGUGGAGAUGUCAGCGUUAUGCAAAGUUUCCUUAAGAUGAUCAGCAGCGUUCUUCAGUCUAAAAAGGAUUUUGACCUGGCUCAAGCCUGGCUAGCAUUGUUCCUUAAGCUUCAUCUUCGGUUAAUUGCUGAGCACCCUGACCUGAUGGAGGAGGCAGAGAGUUUGUCUCAACAAGUGAAGGAGUCGUGGCUUUCCCUGCAAACACUUUUACACCAAAACCUCUGUUUAUUGUCUUAUAUCAAGAGCGCACUGCUUUAGAGUUCCUUUUUGUGUUCUAGGUCAUUUUCAUUUAUACAAAUAAUUUUGUAUGUUUGUAUCAUACUGAAUUUUCUUACCUUAUACUGGUAACAAAUUAAAAGUAUGUGAAUGUG